AUGGGGCUGUGCGUGGACAUUGUCAUCUUCGCCUGCAGCAAUGUAGGGAGUGAAAAAUCUCUCAUAUUGGGGAGCAAAGGCUGCAGCAACGCUGGGGAUCAGGAGAUCAAAGAUGUCAGGGUGUAUUCCAGUGGACCCGGAAUAGUGGCUGCCUCCUAUGUCAACUUCUGUGACACUGAUCUGUGCAACGGAGCUAACAGCAGCAGCGUCCUGCUCGCCUCCCUUUCUCCUUCAGCCACUUUUGAGCCAGGAACCACCAAGUGUCCAGUCUGCUUGGAGCUUCAGGGUUCCUGCUCCCACAAGUCCAACUUUGUCUUCUGCCCUAAGGGCACUGGUUGCUAUACAAGUGAACUCAAGGUUCAGGGAGGUGGGCUCAAUGCCAUUUUUAGCAUCGAUGGAUGCCUGGUCUUUCCUGCCAGCAAUUUAUUGGAACACCGAAAUCCAAUCGGGAUUUUCACCGUGACGGAAGCCCCUGAUUUAUUGACUGGAGAUUCGUUUUCACAUAUACUUGUCCCUCGCACCUCCCGGGCGUUCAUGUUAGGGCGGGCUCUUCUCCGCCCUUUGUUUGGAGGGCUUUGUCCUCUCUGCUGA